CCGUGCUGGAACCAAGCCCUCCGCCGCGCUCCGGGCGUACGUACGUUACGGUACCGGUGCCGAAUUGGCGCUAGCUAGUAGCCGAUCGAUCCGGCCUGCUGGAGCAGUCGAGGAUGUCGAACCGGUAGGCCUACGAGAAUUCGAGAAAAUGGCUGACAUUUGCACCCUGGAACACGCGACAUUGAAGGUUCCUUAUGAGAACCUGAACAAGAAUUUCAGGAACUGUCAGAAGGUCAUCGAUAGAGAAGUCGCACAUGUUAUGCAGGUUACUAAUGACUUGGAGAAAUGUCUAGAUGGGAAAGAACCUACUGUCGGGUCUGUAGUAACCCUUCUUGAUUCAGUUGUGGACAAGCUGUCGGUCCUUAAGAGAAAGGCUGCGGAGGCUAUAGCACUGGAGGAAGAGAGCGCCCAGGCCUGUAAGAAACGACUUGCCCACCUAAAGGAACAUGAUACCACAACGGGUAGUUCCCUCUCACAAUGGAAGAAGAAGAGGAUAGAUAGAAUGUUGGUUGAAUACUUCCUCAGGGCAGGGUACUAUGAGACUGCUGUAAAGCUAGCAAGACAUUCUCAAAUUGAGGAUCUGACAAAUAUAGACCUGUUUCUAGUUUCUAAAGAAGUUGAAGAAUCUCUAAUCAGACGGGAAACAGCGCCUUGUUUACAAUGGUGUCAUAACAACAAAACCAAGCUAAGAAGAAUAAAGAGCACAUUAGAAGUCAACCUACGUACGCAAGAGUUCAUAGAAUUGAUCCGAUGUGAUUUCCGUGUGGAGGCAGUCAGGCAUGCUAGAAAAUACUUUGGUUCUCUUGAUGGUGAACAGAUUAAGAAGAUAAUGGUUCUUCUGGCGUUUCCUUCUAAUCCAAACAUAUCAGAAUAUAAAGAACUGUUCGAUGACCUACGAUGGCAAAAACUAGUUAGUCAGUUCCGUGAGGAGAACUAUAAGCUCUUCCAGUUCAACACAACACCAGUACUAACGUUGACACUAGAGGCUGGUCUGGCAGCAAUGAAAACACCACAAUGCUACACAGACCAUGCUAAGAAUGCUGAUUGCCCUGUAUGUAGCAAGAACUUGAAUGAAUUAGCUAAGAGCUUACCAUUUGCUCACUGUGCACAAUCAAGACUAGUCUGUUCAAUAUCAGGUCAAGUAAUGAAUGAACAUAACCCACCUAUGAUGCUACCAAAUGGCUAUGUUUAUGGUGAAAAGUCACUCCUGACCUUUGCUGCUGAAAACAACGGUCGAAUUAUAUGUCCCAAGACCAAGAAAGUCUAUUCCAUGGAUGAACUGGAGAAAGUAUUUAUCAUGUAAACACAUCUCCCGGCUGACAGAGUUAGAUAGAUAGGUCGCUAUUUUGUGUCCCCGUUUAUUAUUGCCAAGGCUGCAUUUUGUAUUUUAAAAAGUCUUGGUACAGAGAUAAGUAUUUUUAUUGCAAUGUUAUAAAAGAUUUGUGGUCAUAUGACAGAAGUUAUGGGGCUGAGAGUAUCCACAGAGUUUGUUCAUUGUGCUAAAUUAAACCUUGUUAUGCUAUGGUGAGACAAGCUCAGCAACAUUUUUCUUAGUGUUCAGAUACGAUGAGACACAUCACUUUACUUUUGGGCAUUACAUUCUUCGUGUCCUGUAGCUGCACUUGACAAACUCAUGACAUCACAAUCCUUGAUGCCACAAGCCUUGUUUGAUAUAUAUUAUAACAAGAUAAUUACAAUGCCAUGAGUAUUUUUUCUGUCUUCAAUUUGUAAGGAAAAGCUGCAUAAUUUUGAGAAUAGCUUAUUUUGAGAUGAACAGUAUUAGGGUUGCUCUGUGAUAAAACAAUGUUGUGUAGGCAAGAUAUUUCUUAUAACCAAUUACUUUGUACACAUAAUACUGCUGAACUUUGUUGCUGAGCUUUGUCACACCGUGGCAUCAUUUCAUAAAGACUUGUUAUAAUAACAAAUGCAUAAAUUUACCAUCAGCCAAUCAGACUAGAUGAUUUCAGUAGCUUUUAACUGUUAUUGCAAUUAACAAGGUUUAUGAAACUGGCCCUAAUGUGUGAAUGAGGCUUAUUUAAGUUAUGUUACUAUGUAUUUGUAUGAAAAAAUCCUUCACUGUGGUUGGGACUAAAGAACAGAGAAGCCAGUCUUCAGGCUUUUUCCUGAUUUUAGGCCCUGAUAAUACCAUUUCAGGCCUUUCAUGUUUUAUAUUUUACAUCACAUAUGGGGAUUUAAUGUGUUGUGGAUUUUUCAGGCCCAGUGAGUUAUACAAACUGGCAUCUCUGUUAGGAAGUGUAAGUUAUGUAUUUGUAUGUGUCAAGACUCUAGUACACAUGUUGUAUGCUCACAUCCAGUGGUGAUGGAGACAUUGUGAACUCCUAGUUGACUUACAGGUAAACCUUGGUCUACUUGUUAGUCUGUGCUGAAAUCAUAGAAAGCCAAUGAUUGAAAAGUGUUUUUUUAUGCCUUGGUUCUCUUCCCAUUCUUAUAAGGUGAAGAAAACUCAUUCACAGACAGGUUGAAUAGUUUGGAUACCCAAUUUGCUGCUAAAUUUACUAGUAACACGAACUGUUCUGAGAUUUGCAUAACAUUUGGCUUCCUUUACUCAAAACAGAUUUAGACCACAGUUUAAGUUGAACUGGGCCUGGGGAGCACUUCAUGAAACAGAUACUAGUAGUGUAAUUUUCACAGACCAGUUGUCAUAAGUUACUGAAAUCCUUGCAUCUGAUUGGCACAUUUGUCAGUGUUGAUCAUUGAUAAGAUGCUUUAUGAAACACUUUCUACAAAUCCAGAAUAAGGAUUACGACUAUUCUUUGGCUUCACAGAUCAUCUUCUCAUCACACAUGUUAUUACUUUGAUGAAUCCAGAACCACUAAAAAAGCCUGUAUUCUGAAGUCGGGUUAAAAGUUGUGGUUUAAGUAUGGGAAGCCAAAAGUAUUAGAAUUUUGUACUAAGUUGAACGUUUCUUAUGUUUACUGUGCUCUUUCCUGAUUCAUUAUGAAUGAAUUAUUAUGAAUUAUGAAUGAUUUGAGAG